GAACGCAGUCACGUGAUGCUAUGACUUGUAGUUGCCGAAAGUUUCCGAAGGGCUGUUGUAUGUCGUGUUUUCUGUGCUCGGGGGUAGUUUUUCGGUAUUAUGCUGUCAGUUCCCUGUAUGCACAAUAAUGAACCUUUACUGUCAAGGUUAAUAAUUUAGCGGUAAAACUCCAUCUGUUUGAGCAUGCUUUCAGGCGGGACAGUCAUGAGACAAGCGCUGUACCUGGCUGUCGGUGCCGCCGUGUGCUACUUAUUUUAUAGGGUGACGUUUCCUAAUAAAGAGAAGAAAAAGAAGGAGCCUAGAAAGAAUAAAGAGCGGAAGCACAGCAAACUCGUUGACAAGGUGUCUGAGAUUGCUGUCUUGUCCAGUUUCUCCCACAAUGGUCCAGCUCAGCCAGAAAAUAUUGCAAACCCUUCCAGUAAUCUUGAACCUUACCAUUUUGAAAGACUCCUAGAAAUCGUUGGUGCCAGUUCUGACUCUUGCCUCCGAGAACAGGCCUUAAUUACCCUGGCUAACAGUGCGGCCUUCUCUGUAAAUCAAGAUAUCAUCCGAAAUUUGAAUGGCAUUGAAAUUAUUGGAGCUGCACUUUCUGACCACAGUCCACAAAUACAGACUAAUGCUUUAAAUGCACUCUCCAACUUGAGUGUGAAUGUAUGCAAUCAAGAACUUAUCAAGGAUUUCAUUGCUGUGACCUAUGUGACCUUGUCUUCAGUGGAAGUUAAUUCCCAAUUACAGUUGUCUGGUCUAAGGCUGUUAAUCAAUAUGUCUGUGACCAAUAAUUAUCAAGACAGGAUGACCGAUUAUAUUCCGUUCUUUCUUCAUCUACUAGUAGAGGGCAAUGCAGAUACUCAGAUCCAUGUAUUAAAGAUUUUAGUGAACCUGUCUGCAAAUCCUUCAAUGGCUACAUGCCUACUGCAGAGUGAGGCUCCGCAGUCACUGGAUGCUUUGUUCAGCAGCAGUGUGAAAGAAGACAUUCUUCUCAGAGCGUUGACUUUUGCUGCAAAUUUAUAUGAUAAUGUGAAAGACGCGCGCCACCUUGGAUGUCAUGAUUAUGAUGAAAAAUCUCUUUUUAAUCUGCUGUUUGGAGACGAGGCACCGUUUAAGAAGAAUCUGUGGCUUUUAUUACAACACCCAGACAUGGAAGUAAAAGAAAAAGUAGCUACACUUCUGUAACAUAACUUCUGAAUGUAGUGUCAGUCAGUAGCUUUUCAUUCUGAUCAUUUUUUAUUUAAUUGCAUCAUACCAGGUUAGGUGUGAAUUGAAUCGGAUAAAUCUGAGGGCUUUUAUGGUUAAAUAUGACAUGCUUCCAUUGUUUAUGUAACACUACCUCAGUCACCAUUUAAUGUUCCCAUAAUAUAGAUAUGCUGGAUAAAAUAUGACUGCACUUUUAUUGGUGUUGAAUCAUUUGUUUUACUAGUAUCAGUAGAGUUGUAUAUAAAGUACUUCUGGUGCAAA